CACUUACCCACAUUAAGCGUAUCAUUAACUUCCUUAUCUAUGUUGUUGAGGAGCACCUAUUCACAAUGCACAUGAGGAGUAAGAUCAUCCAUACGGGCACGAGAUGCAACAUUGCAACCGAGUGCAAUGGGGUUGCGAGGCUCUGGGCAUCCACAUAGUAUCUUUGAGUUUCAACGAGUGAUGUGGACGUUUGAAUGGAGUUUUAUUUGAAUCUCUCUUACGAUUCGACAACAUUUUUGUGAAGUCGGAGCUAAUUGGUGAGGAAGAAGCUAAGCAAUUAAGGUCGGGUAAUGUAGACAGACCUUGGACCUCCAUUAUUGAGACCACACUAAUAUUACCUGCAUUUGGAUCUUGCAUAGAGUUACACGUCCUAGACCUAUCACUUAUGUCUUGACUCACGGUACAAAUGCAUGAGACCAGUGUUAUUUAUUGUUAUUUAUUGGUGGUCGAGGCGAGGUGCAGAGUUAGAUAAUGCAUGUUAGAGUUAGAUAAUGCAUGUUGUACGUGUUCCGGUAAGGAUAAGUAUCUCCACGACAGGCGGCCGUUGGGCGGAGACCUUGUGGUGGUUAGGGGUGGUGUGUGGUAAUACAAAUUGUCCAUCACGCCAAUGGUCCACAGUUGCUCUAUCUUGGCCCAUAUCUAGAGGCUCAUCACUCCUGUGAUCCGAAGAUGUUUCAUUCGGCUCAAGAUUUGCAUGUUCACCACCUAUCUCCUGCCGCCUUGGAAAUCUGCCCUUCAAUAAUGACGCGCUCCACAUGAACCGAUUAGGCUGCCACUGAUGCUUCAUCCACCAAGUUGUUCACCGGAGACGAAGUUUUCCGACCAGAUGAUACCAGGGGGGCGAUCACUCGAUCAUCUUCUACCUCUUGUCUCGACGAACCCACCUCUGAUCCAUCUACAUCGUCAUCAUCCUCAGAGAGAUCAUCCCCUGCUCUAAAUUCUCCUUUCUUCUAAGUUUUUCUCGUCAUCGGAUAUUCCUAAAUCUUCCUUGAGGGAAUCAAUAUACCCUCACCCGCCUCCUCCUCGCUGCAUACAUUUUUCUCGUCCACGAAACUGGGAACCCAAGGCUAAGUAUCUUCAGCCACAAACACCGUGUACCUUGUGACAUUACAAGUAACAAAUCGUUGGAACUUAACCAUGACACCAACGUACUAAAGGCUUGAACUUUGUCCUCGGGACCUCAAAAUCCUGAUAACAAUGGUGGGAACGGCUAGUUUUGUUAAAAAAUUGGGGAAUUCAAUUAUGAAAGUCUCAGAAAGCAAAUCUUCAAGUUGGUGGUACAAUCAUCACAUGCGUGCUGCAUCUCGUGCCAUUUUUGAGCGAAUUCCACUUGUCGAUCUUGUCCUUGAAGUCAGAGACGCUAGGAUUCCGUUGUCCUCAGAGUAUGCUCAAUUGAGAAACUUUCCAUCUUCCUCAAAGAACAUUAUCGUACUGAACAAAAUGGAUCUUGCAAGUCGCUCAAAAACUAAGGAAUGGAUGACAUACUUUAAGGAGCUAAAUUACACACCUUAUGCUAUAAAUUCUCAUAACAAAGACAAUAUCAAGGAGUUUCUAAACUUUUUACAAGCAAGAAUUAGAGACAUAAGAAGGGCUACACAUUCUAGUAACACUCAAACAACUACAAUAAUGGUUGUUGGAAUUCCAAAUGUUGGGAAAUCGGCUUUUGCAAAUUCCUUACACCAGAUUGGAAGAAUUAGUGCUGCAGAAAAAGGAAAGUUAAAACAUGCCACUGUGAGCCCGCAUCCAGGAGAGACAAAAAACAUCACAAGUUAUAAGAUUGCUAGCAAUCCCAAUAUUUAUAUCUUGGACACCCCUGGGAUUUUGCCUCCUGAGAUUCUUGAUGCUCAACUGUCUUCUAAAUUAGCUUUAACUGGAGGUUUUGUUGACUCUUUGGUUGACCAGUCAAUGCUUGGUCAAUACUUCCUCUCAAUAUUGAACUUUAGUGAUGAAUAUAAGAAGUGGGACAAUGUUUCCACCAUGGAUGAAAAAGAGAAUCAAAUUAUGAAUGAUCAUACACAGGAUUGUGUGGUGCAAUCUGUUCGUGGAGCUCUAUUUCAAGAGAUUGCAUCUUUCAAAGGUAACAUGGAAGAUGAGAAGGAUAUGGUACAACUCAUUGAAGCACAAUUUACAACACUUAGAAAAGCUUUCAAUGUGAGUUUAGAUUCGUUUGAAGAUGCUAAUAGCGUAGUUGCUACUAAGCUUAUUAAUUUGUAUAGAACUGGGAGACUUGGCCAUUAUACUUUAGAUACACUUCCAAGGAGUUGUGAAUACUAAUUUAUAUAGAAGAUUUGAUCAGUCUUUUAUAAUUUAUUUAUUGAGUGAUAAUGUUUGAUUUGG